AUGGAUCUGCCAGCAUCAAGUAACGCAUCCAUAGCUGGAGACUUUGAUAUCCUUGACUUCGCCAUCGAGUGCUUGAAUCACCUUCCGGGUCAAUUUGAGGAGACAGUCCAACUACCUUCAGGCGCCUUACUAGAACCAAUAGGGACUCCUGCUCGCACCGAGUUUGAUAAAUUGCAUGAGGUGUUGAUUCGGGUUUCCUUCAAGCUCGAGUUUGAGAAGCAAGUCAAUGCUACCGAGGAAAAGACUGAUGGGGUCAAGGAUUCCAAUUCCAAGGAGAAGAAGAUUAUCAAUUCGAAAGACUUAUCAUCAGAUGGAGAGGAUCCAUUCUUCAGGGCGUCACUUUAUGGCAAGAGCUUCGACGACUUCAAGGAUCUGUGUGUAGGCGUUAGCCUGAAUAUUCUUGAGAGACUGAGACCAUUAGACCCGACCGACGAGUUCGAAGACUUGAUAUGGAAGGGCCGAGUGGGCAAAAAAGAGUUAACCCUUGACUCCUUCUCAGCCUUUGUUGAAUUUGUCAAUCGUAUCUACCGAUCAAACUGUAAGACUGGUGAUGUGCUCAUACGGAGCCCCAAUGUAGCAGAAAAGAAAAAACAAGCCAACGCGAAAAUCGAUCAGAUGCUUGAAUUUGAGAAGACGAUGCUCGUCAGAGGCUUUCCCAAAGCUAACGUAUUGACGGCACCAUGGGAUCCAAAUUUUUACUAUCAGCUCGCGCUGUUUUCGUCUAACACUUGGGCCAUAGCCAUUAUGAAUGGAACUGCUACGCCGGACAUGCCACCUGACUCAGUGGAAUAUCGCGAAUAUAUGGCCGCAUGUCGACGGCCUGACAGGUCUAUACCUCCAAGUUCUUUACCCUAUGAACGACGUUUUAAAAGACCUCGACCUCAAAACUUGGUGACCGAUUUGGAAAAAGAGUCCAAAGAUAACUGA